UUAUACAGUCACAAGACAUAUUUCCUAAUCUUUAAACGGAAACGCCCACGCGUGUUCUCAUGAAAUAUGCUGACGGACUGUCUAGCUCCCAGUCUCGAUUAUUAGAUAUUAAGUUAGUCUUAAGCUAAUCACCAAUGUAACCGGUUGAUUAAAUAUUAAUUAAAAAUAAAAUUUUAUUCUUUUUAAAAACGCUCCAGCGCGACCUCGCGUUUUGACUGGCGCAGCCGGUAGGAUUUUCACAUCCCGCGAGUAUAUAACUAAAUUGAAAAUACUCAAAUCGAUUUUCAUAGUUCUUGAAAUACCGUGGACUGUCUAAUAGCAGAGUGAAAAUCCGCGAAUCAAAUAAAUAAGUCAAAUAGAAGAGCAUUAAAAUAAUAUCCGGUGCAGUGUGUGAUUAGUGACUCAGGAAGAAUGGAAUUGGGCUGGCGGUUGUUACUCCUGCUGGUACAUCUGACACCAAGCCAGGCCCUUCAACUGCAAAAGAUUAAUAGAAACCCAGGCCUCCUACCCAUUAAAGAAGGUCAAGCAGUAGUAGCUUACGACAGAUGGACCGUGAUAAAGAUUUUAGAUUUUAAAGCUAUCAACAACGAACUAAAACUAAAUAUAAAUAACUUCUUAACACUUAAAACCGAAGUCCAAAAUUGUUUCGACACUAGCCUAUUCAAUUUGCACUUCCAAGAAGUACAGUUACAAACUAGUUUCAUAAUGAAUAUAACAGUGGAAAAAUAUAAACAAUUAGUUCCGACUUCAAAAUCUAAACGUGGUUUAUUGAAUCCUAUUGGAACAUUCAUUAAAGCAAUAACUGGCAAUCUUGAUAAUGAAGAUGCUAUCAGAUAUGAAGAUUUAAUUAAUAAAUUAAAAACUAGACAGGACGCUAUUAGUAAUAAAAUAACCAUAGUUUCCGAAAUGAUGAGUACUGUAACAAAAAUUAUUAAUGUAACAAGGAAUAAUUUCAUUCAAAUUAAAGAACGUUUUGAGGACAUAGAUCUCAGGUUAAACAAUUCUAAAAUGUUACAAAUGAGCAAUGAAAUUAUUCAUUUUUAUAAUAUUUUUACCCAUAACUUUCAAACUAUUUACUCAAGACUAAAUGAAAUUGAAACAGCUCUCGCUUUUGCUAGGAUUAAAAUAUUACAUCAAUCUAUUAUUGAUACUAAGGAAUUACUGUCAAUUUUAAAAGAAAUAGAAUCUAUGUAUAAUUUAGUAUUUCCAGUGAAUAUUGAAAAUAUUGUAAAAAUUGAACUGAAUAUUGAGAUGGAAGCGUAUAUCAAACAAAAUCAGAUAAAGUUUAUUAUGCACGUACCCUUAAUUAAAAAUGAACUUUAUAAUUAUUACAAAUUAAUACCUUUACCAGUGCAUAGUAAUAGUAAUAAUAUAUCUAACAUUAUCCUUCCUAAGUAUCCCUAUGUCCUAGUGAAAGGGUUGAAAGUCGAGCCGCUCUCACAACCAUGCCAAGAAAUAGAUGAAAACCGAUUUUUAUGUCCUGAAUUUGAAACUGCACCGGUAUUGAAGGACGAAUGUAUUACUACACUAAUGAAUUUUUCCCCCAACACAUCUUCAUGUCGUCCUGUGCCCGUUCUAAUCGAAGAUGUCAAGAUUUAUUUCGUACAACAAAAUCAUUGGAUAAUAUUUUCUAGAAUAGAAACCAUUAUAUCUAAAAUGUGUGACAACGACGUUUCACAUGAGCCAUUAAUGGGCACUUACCUGUUAACCCUAGAUGAUGAUUGUUCGAUAAGAAUCAAGGAUUUCAACUUGAAAAGACACGAACACCAGGGAAACGAUAUCGCGUUUACCCGAUUCCCAAUUGUAAACCUACCGUUAAUCUCCAGCGAAGUUAAGUCACAGAACAAGCGUCUGAAUUUAGAUGGAAUUGACCUUGCAGACGUUCAGCUCUUAAACCUUUUGGUGAAAAAUAGUGUUCCUACAAGUGUUAGUGAAAGUGAAUUAAAUCAAUGGUUCUUUGGUAUAAUUAAUAUAGUAAUAAGUUUUUUACUCAUGACAUGUGUCAUUUUAUUAGCAUUUAAAAAUAGAAUUAAGAAAAUUAUGUUUCAACCUAAACAGAAUAUUCGAGAUCAUCCAAACCCUGAGGAUAAUCUCGAUUCUAAGGAGAGAGGAGUUAUACAGUCACAAGACAUAUUUCCUAAUCUUUAAACGGAAACGCCCACGCGUGUUCUCAUGAAAUAUGCUGACGGACUGUCUAGCUCCCAGUCUCGAUUAUUAGAUAUUAAGUUAGUCUUAAGCUAAUCACCAAUGUAACCGGUUGAUUAAAUAUUAAUUAAAAAUAAAAUUUUAUUCUUUUUAAAAACGCUCCAGCGCGACCUCGCGUUUUGACUAA